AUGGAUGAAAUGGUUGUUAUCGAAAGGCCUAUCUACUCACAAAAAGACUUUGAUAGGGGCUUUGAGGGUGGCAAACGUCCAGCCCGAAAUAUUGCUACCUGGGUGAGGUCAAAGGUUAAGAAGAGUGAGUGCUCCUGUUCAUGUAUCUGCAAGUUCAUCAUAUCACAUCUUCCUUUUCUGACCAUCAUGAGAGACUACAGUCUGAGACAUGACCUGGUCGCCGACAUCGUUGCUGGUUUGACUGUGGGAGUCAUGCAUAUACCACAGGGUAUGGCUUAUGGUCAGUUGUCGACACUGCCACCCGUGUAUGGCCUCUAUGUUUCUUUUUUCCCUGUCAUCCUGUACUUCUUUUUUGGCACAUCCAAACAUGUUUCCACUGGUAAGUGA